AUGUCAGAGAAUUACUUGGAUGAUUUGUUGGAGGAGAUGAUUAUAGAUCAUAAGCAUAGACAUCCAUCUGCAUCUCCAACCAAUUCAUUUCUGAAUGUUCAAAAUGCAAUCAAUGAGACUUUGGCAAAUAAUAACAAUAACAACAACAACAAUAAUAAUAAUAAUAAUAACAAUAACAUUGCAAGUGAAACAAUAGAGGAAGAGUUAGAUACUGAUGCUGCAUCUAUCAACAAUAGAAAGUCGAGAAUGUCAAAGAUACCAGGUGACCAAUUCGACUACUUGGAGACAUUGCUCAAUGAUAUGUCGGCAAGCGAUGAAACUCUGCCAAAUGCAGAGCAAACCGAUCAAAACGAGCAAGACUCACGUAUCAAAUUGUUGCGUUUGACAUCGACCUUUGAUUUGGAAUCAACACUGAUGGAUCUAGAAUCUUUCUAUUGGAAAUAUACACAACAAUCAAAGCGUGCACCUUCUACUCAGCUAUUAAACACACGUCCUGCAUCCGAACAACAGCAACAACAACAACCAAUUGCAACCAACAAACCAGUUGUUGAAACAGCUAAACCAAUUGAUACAAAACCCGUUGAAACAAAACCAGUGGCAUCGACAGUUGUCACCAGUGGAACUGCAAGUGUUAGCAAGAGUACAGGUGCUCCUUUGAAUCAAUCACAAACAAAGAAUAGAAAUAGCAAUGAGAAACUAUCUACUCUUACACGUGAGGCAAUCGAUGUCGCCGAUACACUCGAUCAGAUGAUCAAUUCGUUUGGAAUGAUCGAUGAGAAAGCACAGCCUGUUGUUAGCUCGGGAACGGCCAGUAUCUCAAAGGGAUCGGUUCCAUACAAUGUCACCAGUGGAACAGGCACCAUAAGACCGGCCACCAAGUUGAAUGCGCCGGUAGACAUUGCCAUGGCAACACCGAAGCCGCCAACACCGAUCGCAACACUCUCGGCAUCGCCACUCACAGCCAACACACUCAGCCAGAACAAUAGUGCCGCCAGCAGCAACAACAGCAAGGCCAACGAGCGGCUGCUCGACGACAUGAUUGCAAUCUUCAAGGAUCAGAAUCAGAAACUCAAGUUUGCCACUCACGACAACGAGGUGCAGCCAAAGAGCAACUACCUCUCGCAGCAACACUACACUCUGGCACCGGAUGACAUUCGUAACAACGCACAUCAUCUACAGAAACAGCAGUCGGCCGACGAAGAUCUGGUGCAGCGUAUUCUCUGUGACGGCGAGAUCGAAGAGAAAUACACAGCGGUGCCUGCAGCAUCGAUCACCGAACGUUCAUGGUACAUCAAACACGAACUCAACCCAAAGGAGAUCAUCGGCUAUGGAAAUCACGGUAUGACUGCACGUGCUGGAAUCUACAAAGAGAAACGUAUCGUUGGUAAACAAUGGAAUUUCAUUACACCACAAUCAACUCCAAUUCUAUUUAAUGAAAUUGAAACUUUAAUUUCAAUUAAACAUCCAAAUGUAUUAUCAUUAAUGGGAGCUUCAAUGACAUCUAAAUUCAAUACCUUUACAGAAUAUAUCACAGGUAACAAUUUAGAUAUGAUACUAAAGAGUGUCGAUGAGAGAAAUGAAUUGCCUUUUAUCAUUAGAGUUUCAGAGGAGAUUGCUUCGGCUCUCUCAUUUUUACAUUCAUUCAAUGUAGUUCAUAGAAGUUUACAUCCAAAGAAUGUUUUAGAUUAUGGAUUUGCUGGAUUGAAAGACGAUACUUUGAAGAAGAAACUGAUGAAUCCAAUUAAUAAUCAGAUUUUACAUUCACAUUACUUGGCACCAGAGUUGUUCCAUGUGUUGACUGGCGGUGCCGGUGGAUACGAUACCAAGGUGGAUGUCUUCAGUUUCGGUGUUAUGAUGUGGGAGAUGUUCUCGCGUGAAACCAAACUAACCGAUCUCAAGUGUAAUGUUGUCAAUGGAUAUUCGCACUACGUUCGUCCAUCGCCAGCAAACUGUCCGUUCACCAUUGACAAGCUGAUUCGUCUGUGUCUCUCCAUUGAUCCAUCGGCCAGACCGUCGUUCCAGACCAUCCUGAAGGUAUUGCGUCAACCACUGCACACACUGCAACGCUAUCAAAAACCAGCGGGUGAACAACAACCAUCUCAACAAUCACUAUCACCCAAUAACAACAACGGUGAGGGAAUCUCACCAGAGAUACCACCAAACUCACCUCACUAUGUAUCGCCAAGUGUCACCGUGCAAGAUCUCGAUAGAAAGGAAAAGAUUCAAAAGAUCAUGACAUUGUGUCGCGAUCUAAUAGCAUCGCCAACACUUGCCAAUCUCACCAAGGCAGCGAACGCAAUCGAAACACUCGCCAAAAGUGAAUCAAACUACCCAUCACUUCUCACAAUGAACAUCUAUCCCAUCAUUUUUGAACUGCUCUCCUGUAAAUUUGAAGAUAUCUUACUUAUUACUCUUCGUUCAUUAAAUUGUAUAUUGUCAAAUGAGGAUUUAAGUAAUCAAUUUAGAAAUCAAUUGGGUGUCAAUACCGUUUUACAAUUGAUUCAAGAGAGAUCGGAGAACAUAAAGUUUGCAACCAUCAGAGUGUUACAAACAUUGUCACACAAGGAUAUCAAUGUUAAAGAUAUAGUUUCAAAGGGUGGUAUACCAAUAUUGAUUCGUCAAAUUGCGCAUCAGAACGAGUUGAUACGUCUUCAAAUUGUUUGGUGUCUGACAAUGCUACUGGAAUCAAACGAAGCUCAAGAUGAACUAAUUAAAAUGGGUGGUGCCGAAAUACUUGUAGACAUGUUUGUCAACUCUACCAACGAUGGUUUCGACCUAAGAGUUGCAUCAUCACUAUCAAGAAUAUUAUCAUCAAAAUAUACUCAAGAUUUAAUUAAUAAUGGAACACAUAGAGAAAGAAUUCUACAAAAUAGUAUAAAUAUAGUUGAUUUGCAUAAUAAUGUAGAUUUAAUAACAACAACAACAACUACAACAACUUCUAAUACUACUAUUCUUGAUGUAUUUACAAAUAAAAGUCAAACUCAACAACAACAACAACAACAACAAAUGAAUGAUCAUCUUAAUAGUAAUCAGAAGAAGAAGAAACAAAUACCGCCACCAAUUAUAUAUAGACCAUUUGAAAAGAGAGAUGUUUAUAAUUUAAGAUUAUUACAAAAUGAAUUGUUUCCAGUUAAAUAUAGGAAUUCAUUUUAUAAUAAACUACUUCAAAAUCAUUUCCUAUCGGUUUUGGCUGUGAUAGUACAUGAUAAUGAUAAUGAUAAUGACUACGAUUAUAAUAAUAUCAAAGAUCAACAACGCAUGAGUGUGCAUAACAUUAUAGAUGAAAACGAUGAAUACAACUACGAUGAUGAUGAUGACGAUAGAAAUGAAUCUACAUCAUCAACAUCAUCAAACUCUUCUACAUCUUCAUCUACAUCUGUAUCUUCUACAUCAUCUGUUGAGGGUAGCAGUAUCAGUAGUAGCAGUAGUAAUGUUGCUACUUCUUUUACCUCUGAAAAGAUAAAUAACAACAAUAACAAUAAUAGUAGUAACAGUAAAAAUAAUAAUAAUAAUAAUAAUAAUAAUAAUAGAAAAAACAAAUCAUUAAUACAUCAAUAUAAAACAAGUAAUCCAACAAUGCAGAGAGAAGAGAUUGUGGGUGUUGCAACUGCAAGAGUAACCAGAGAGACUGGAAUAUGUACAAUGUUUUUCAAUCAAGUAGAAGGUUACAUUCUAACGCUUGGUGUUAAAGAUAAAUAUCGAGGUUUGGGAAUUGGUAGUAAUUUAUUGAAUAUUAUUUGUAAAGAUUUAAAGAGUGUAAAUUGUACAUUGGCUUCUCUACAUGUUAAGUGUCUGAAUAAAGAGGCGUUAGAAUUCUAUCAUCGCAAUGGAUUCACAAUUGACGAGCGUAUCAAUGACUACUACUUUAUUGACUCUGUAAAGUAUGAUGCUCUAAGAAUGCUCAAAUCCCUAAAGAAGGAUAGCGAAAAUAGUUGGAUUCAAUGGUUUUCUUCAUUAUCUUUAUAUAAUAAUAAUAAUAAUCAAAAUAGCAAUCAAAAUAAUGAUAAUAUUAAUAACAAUUCAAAUAAUAAUAAUAAUAUUCAUAGUAUAAAUAUAAACUUUUCAAAUAAUAAUAACAAUAAUAAAGUAAAACAUAAUCAAAUUUCACCAAUUACGAAUCUAUCAACUACAAAUAGUUAUAAUAGCAGUGGUAGUAGUAAUAAUAAUUAUCAUCAUAGUUUAAACCCAAAACAAUCAUGA